ACUGGCCAAAAGCCAAACACAUUUUUGUUUGAUAUUUCGGCAGAACUUUGCCAUUUUUUAUUAAUUUAUAGCGUAAAUAUGAGUUUAUCCAGUAUAAAACAGAAAGAAGUGAAGGGCAAAAAGAAAGUACUGCCCAAACUGCGCAAUAUUCUGGCCAAUCCUUACAAACAGCACAGCCCUGUUUUAUCGGAGCAGGAAGUGCAGCAGUUUCGCCAGAUACUGCAGAAUGCAAUUAAAAGCAGCGACGGAGAGACCAAAUCGUUUGCCACUCGAUUUGGCAUACAUCUCGGCCUGGAGAGCUCCUUGCGCGCCAUAAACUCGCGGCGUUUCUCCUGCCUAUUGAUUUCCUUGAGCCUGCGACCAACUCACCUCAUGCGUUUAAUGGCCACCAGUGCAUCAGUCAAGAUGCCCACGGCACCCAUUUACGCGCAGCCAAAACUGGAGGAGCUUACCCAGGAAAUCUUUGGAGUAAGGGCGCUUGCCUUGGCCUUGCCCUUAGAUAUGAAAGCUAUAAGCGAGGACUUGGAACAGUGGAUUACUGCCCGGAACAGAACACCUACACCUGCCAAGAAGAUAGCCCCGAAAACGCACAAGAAACCCAAGAAGAAACCCGAAAUAAUCCAACCAGCCGAAGAGGAAAAAAAGGCGCAGCUCCCAGUGGCUGAAAAGAAGGAUUGGGGUGAUGAUUUCAUAUCCUGCUUCUCGGACGAACCCUCUGUAAAGUUGGACCGCGUGGAUGUCCAGGUAGAGACCAGAAAACUGGGCAAUGCCCUCAGUAAUUUGGCCAUGAAAGCCAAAAGCAAAAAGCCGGUAGCAGAUGUCAAAAAUAACCCAGUUAAAAAGGAGAAGUCGCCCAGUCCAGAGCCCAUGGAAGUGGAGGUGGAGCCAGAUGAUGAUGAUUUUCUGCCUGCAGAUCUGCACAACUAUCGCCCUCUUACUGUCCACCAAGUGCGUCCUAAUCCCGACAAGAAACCCAAAAAGAAACGAAACAAAAAGUCAACCAAGUCCUAGAGAUGGUUGGCAACGCC